AUGUCCCUGUUACGCUCAAGUUUGAUUCUCGGAAGAUCGCUGCAGAGCUCUGUCCGAUGCUUUUCCUCGACUGCAGGAAAUGUGAUUUUUGUUUUGGGAGCUCCCGGCUCUGGAAAGGGAAAGCACUCUGAUCACCUCGUUGCGAAAUUCGGAGGAUGCCACGUUUCUGUGGGAGAGAUUUUGAGAGAAACGGUAAAGACUCCCGGAAAGUACACUGACAUGAUUAAAAAGCACCUCGACGAGGGAACGCUUGUUCCUACCGACGUGACGAUGGAAUUGAUAAAGGACAAAGUCCUCAGAACAACGAACGGAGUAUUGCUGCUGGAUGGCUAUCCUCGCAACAUGUCGAACUACAAUACCUGGGUCAACGUAAUGGGAUCUAGCUGCAACGUUCUUGGCUGCCUUUUGUACCAGUGCAGUUACGAGUUCCUGGAGAAGCGAUUGUUGGAGCGCGGAAAGGACCAGGGACGCAGCGAUGACAACCUGGAUGUGAUCAAGCGCCGCUUCUACAGCUACGAACAUGAAACAGCGGAGGUGCUGAAUCAUCUCCGUGAAAAGUAUCCGAUUGAGACGAUUUGCACGGAGCCUCCGUUCGAAGAAGCAUUCCCGAAUUCGAUAAAGGCGUAUAAGGCGAUUUGUGAGAAGAACGGACUGAAGAUACAUUUUUUUUCUUUUAUGAAUAGUUACUAUCAGGAAAGUGUUUUCACGUCGGAUUACGAUGAUCUGAUCAGGAUAAUUGUGUGUUAUAUGAAAGGUGAAGACGGCAUAUUUGAACUCGAUUGUUCAGAGCUGACUUAUGAUAUUGUAUCUAGCAGAGAACUUCUCUGUCAGAGUAACUAUUUUAAAAGUAAAUUGGAAUCCGAGUGGAAAAACGUAAACACAGUAACAAUCCGUGUUUCAAGCGAAAAACUCUUCCAUGCAUUCGGAUUGCUGAUUCGUUACAUCCAUCUAAAAGAUGUCAAUGGAAGUGUGUUCGCAAUGGACCAAAUGCGCCAUCUCCUGCGCCCCAACACAGGACUGGACAUUGAGCUCUGCAAAGUGGCAAGUAUAUUACAAUUGGAUUCUCUGCAAGAUCGACUGCAGAAUCUGCUUGUCCAAGGUCUAAAUAGCUCAAAUUUCAUCGCUUCCUGCAAGUACGCAUCUGCCACUAGACACGGGGUUCUUGUGUCGUACAAGAAAUCAGACGCAGAUACGAGCGAAUCGAUUCUAUUCCUGGCGAAAACCAGCAAGUUCACAUAUCGCGGAGAUGAAAUCAACUCCGACAUUUUUGACGUGUUGCUUCUCGACGAUAUCGCAAAACGGAGCAAAUUCUUCUCUCCGGGAUAUCUAAGUAGCGGAGGAAAGCCCUGCGAGUUCGACACCAUGACCGAAGAGCAACUCCGCUCCUUUGGAAUGAAAAAGUCUUCGUGCGGCUUCGCAGGCACAAUUCGGUGUUAUAUCGAGCGGAACCGAGGUGGAAAUCGAUGUUUGGAUUUUGACUCCACAGCAUCGGACAAUCCAGAUUCCGACGUGUUCCAUUUGUAUCGUGAAGAUUCGAAGGAGUAUAUCAUGUCCGCCGUGGCCAUGCCCGGCUCUAGCAACGUAGCGUUCUUCAAAAACCCCAACAUCACGGCAUCGACGGUUACUGCUCACAUCUACGACGAAGACUAUCUAGGUGUGAUGAAAGGCAACGGCCUGGGCACAGAAUUCAUUCUAUACGACAAUGGGCUGAACCCUGCGUUAAUCCCCGAGUGCGUCUUUGAGGAAAACCAGCGAAACCAGGUGCUUCGGAUCACAUACAAAAGCAAUAUAGCCGGCAGACAGCCGAACUCGAUGCAGGUGUUUGCUCCUGCCACCGUAGAAACAGAGAUCGAGCGAAUGAGCGAUAGAGAAAAGAGGAUCAAAAGCUUUACAAAUCGAUGUUAG